CAGAGUAUCAAUUACAUUGUUAUUACCCGGGGAGUAGCCGGAAAGAUGCGGUCAGAUCGCAGAUAAUGCACUGGUAUAAGAGCAUACACAACAAUGGGACAGGUACAUAGGAGCGUUUAACGAUGCGUAGCCUCCGUCCGUCGUGCGAGCGGCACGAUGAUAGCCAUCGCGCGGUGCAAUCAUGCGUCUAAUUUGGAUAUGUCCGCAAAGAGGAUGCGCCUCGCGAAAAAAAAGGGAGAGAAAGAAAGAAAGAGGGGUAAAACGUGCCCCACGAGGCCUGGGCGUGUGCCCUCGGCCACUGUGUGUAUAUAUAUAUAUAUAUAUAUAUAUAUAUAUAUAUAGAGCGAAGGGUUUGUUUUCUGGGAAGUUUAGUUUCGGGAUUCUCGGGAUGACGAGCGAAAUACGGGGCUCGCAGACGGGGAACACGGAUUUCAGCAUAGCCCGCAUCCUCGCGAACGAGUGUCCGAACGCGGCGUCUCUGAGAAAACGGCGAGAGUCCUCGCAGGAGCGCGGGGAUCAUCCGCGACAGAGCACGGGGGAUCGUGAACGGAAAGGGCACGCGGGGCAGCCCGAGGAAAGGCUGGAAGAGCGCGAGAUACCAAGUGAAACGUAUCGCGAUGUUCCCGUCGUCGACCGCGACGACGGGAGCACGAUACGGCAGACGGAUCUGACGUGGCUCCAAUACACCCGGUACAGGCCGCCGAGGCUGCCCAGGAGAUCCUUCACCGAGAAGCGAGUCAAGCGACAUGUGGGCGAUCAUCCCCGCAUCCCGUUCUCCUCGUCCCAGUUGCAGGUACUGGAGGACAGGUACAGGAAGAGCGCCUACCUCUCCAAGAACGACGUCGUCGAAAUGUCAGCGACGCUGCGUCUGCCGCAGAGCAAAAUUAAAAUCUGGUUUCAAAAUCGUCGAGCGAGACAGAGGCGCGAAUUGCUAAAUUCUACGAUAGCGGCGCGAUGACUCGACAAUGAGACACAUCUCUUACUCAAGGAUUUUUCUGAAAUUUUCCUUCAUCGAGAGGGAUUCGGUCGGAAAACGAUGUACGAAAUCUGGUUCACAAUCAUUCCAAACGAUUCGACUUCCGACAUUGCGAUUAUUUAUUUCGUGCUCCUUGGCCAUCCUAUAAAUAAAUUUAUUUGUUACUUUAACGAGACUUCGUCAUGAUUAUUUCUGGUCACGGAAGGCUUAGGACUUAUGUUCGUUUCUACUAAUGUGGAUUAAG